AUGACCACUCCCGCCGACGGCUACGCCCAUCCCGAAUACCUGACCGACGCCGCGUGGGUCGCCGCGCACCUGGACGACCCCGACGUGGUCGUGCUCGAUUGCGCCAACACCGCCGAUGCGUGGCAGCGGGGGCACAUUCCCGGCGCACCCCACGUCGCCGACAACUGGGCCAAGAACCCCAACACCCCGAUUGAACCGGGGGCACGCGGCCAGCACGUCAUGUCGCCGGAGCAGUUCAAGGCCAUGGCCGAGGGUUACGGCAUCGGCGACGACACCACCGUGGUCACCUACGACCACGCCCAAGGGCUCACGGCGGCGCGCAUCUGGUGGGUGUUCCGUUACUACGGGCAUAGCAACGUGAAGGUGCUCAACGGCGGCUGGCGGGCCUGGGUCAACGCGGGGCAGGCCGUCGACUUCGGGCGGCCCAAGGCUCCGGCGUCGGUGACCUUCACGCCGCGCGCGGACGAGUCGUUCAUCAUCACCGGUGACGAGCUGAAAGAGGCCUGCGCAUUGGACGGCGGGGCACGGGAUAACGUGGUGGUGUGGGACGUGCGCAGCGAUGCCGAGUGGGACGGCACCGCCGCAAACUAUAGCAACAAGCGGAUCGGCCACGUGCCAGGCGCGGUGCACCUGGAAUGGUUCCACCUCAUGGACCGCAACACCCACGAGUUCAAGCCGGCGGCGGAAAUCCGCAGCAUCCUCACCGAUCACGGCAUCACGCCCGACAAGACGGCGUACUCCUAUUGA